AUGUCAUUAGAAGAAGUUAAAUCUAGAGUAACUGUUGUGCUGGAAGAGAAGGGAACUCCCCCAGAAUGUCCAGAUGUAGAAUUAAUCGAUAAAGACGUUGAUGGUGGAUACGCCUGGGUAGUUGUUUUUUCUGCCUUUUUACUUACGUUUUCGACUUGGGGAUUGAACUCAGCGUACGGUAUUUAUUUUGCAUAUUAUGUGAAUUCCAACCAUUUCCCAGGAGCUAGAGUUAUAGAUUAUGCUGCCGUUGGAGGAAUUUCCUUUGGUGUAGGACUUUCGUUUUCACCAGUAGUCAACUUUAUUCAAGGUAAAAUUGGAACGAAAGCGACCAUUUUACUUGGGAAUUGUAUGCAAUUUGCAUCAUUGAUUAUGGCCAGCUUUGCUGUUAAUCUCUGGCAACUUUAUUUAACCCAAGGUUUACUUCAAUCAUUUGGAAUGUGUUUCAUUAGCUUACCAGCAAUGACUAUUGUAACCCCUUGGUUUAGAAGAAAACGUGUUUUAGCAAAUGCAAUCUCUGUGACCGGAAGUGGGGUAGGUGGAUUGGUGUUUGUUUUAAGUAUUCAAAAAGUUAUUGAAACUAGAGGGGUUCAUUGGGCAUUAAGGGCACAAGCAAUCAUUAGUGCAGUUUUAGUACUUCUUGCUGCCGUACUAAUUCGAACCAAGAAUAAACAGCAUCACAUUGAGUUCACAGUAGUAGAUAAGGCCGUGGCACAAUGCGUCGGGUUUUGGAUUUAUUGUUUCUACUUGGUCACUUCUAUGCUUGGAUAUGUUGUCGUGAUGUAUAGUUUGGCGGAUUUUACAAUUUCUUUGGGAUAUACCAGUAAUCAAGGUGCAAUUGUAUCCGCUAUGCUUCAAGUAGGGUUUUGUAUUGGGCGACCAUUGGCAGGUUUUCUCGCCGAUAGAUUAGGAUCAAUUACAGUUACUACUAUCAGUUAUUUUAUGGCUGCUAUAUUCACUUUUGGUAUUUGGGUACCAGCUAAAAACUUUGCAACCGCAGUGGCUUUGGGAUUACUUGAAGGGAUAUUUAUGGGUACUGUUUUCCCCACUAGUGCUUCGAAUAUAAUUCGAAUUGUAGGUAUGAGAAAACUAAAUGUUGCAUUUUGCAUGCUGUGGUUUUUCUUCGCAGUCUCUGCUUUGUUUUCCCAGCUUAUCGGGUCUUCUUUAACGUCGGGCCUGAGUGGAGGUGAAUAUAGAAAUACUGCUAUUUUUGCAGGUGCUUGCUUCCUUGGAGCUGGAUUAUCUACAUUAAUCCUAAGAGGGUACAUCGCGGCAAGAGAUCGUCAAUCAGUGCUGGCAGAAGCGCAAGAUAAUAAUGAAAUGGACAAUUUUGUACCUCCAUUGGAAGCUUUCAAAUACUGUUUCAAAUGGACUAAGAGAAGGGUAUAA